AUGCUUAGUGAAGAUCGGGCAUCCAACAGCUUAACGUCUGAUCGUGGUUCAAUUAGGGACACACGACCGAUCGAUCGGCGAUCGUCUAUUGAUGAAGAAGAUGACGCACAGUACGAGGAACCGGGUGGACUUACAGAGACUGAUGGUCGACCUGAACCACCACCUCAACAACGAGAUCAGCAAUAUAUAGGAGCAUUACAACAUCGUUUUCCAAGUCGACCGAAAAGUGAUUAUGCUUAUUCGGCACCGAUUAUUAACACUGCAGGGGUGACAACUUCUGUAACGCCCACUACUCGUUUAAAUGGAACAAGAACUACAACGCCUAUUACACCGCCAGGAACAAAUCAGUCUACACCUGCACCUGGAACAAAUAGAGGGAAUACAAAUGGUAAUACAUCAUCUGUAUUUCCAAGACCAAAUCUUCGUCCAGUUUCUACUUCUCAACAAAAUACAUACGCACGGCGACUGACACCACCACAAUCCACAAUGACAACGCCAGGUCGAGCCACAACUACCCCGACCAAUGUCGGGGUACAACAAGAUACUCGAUCAACGUUACAAAGACCAACCACAACACCAACUACUGGAAUAAGAACAACACAAAAUUUAGUUGAUAUACCAAUACCAAUACCAAUACCAACAUCAACUUUUAUGCCGAGUAUAAGACCUAUGGAAAGUACUUUUGAACGAAUCGAUUCUAGAGGAGGACCUGUGUCAUAUCUUGGCACGGGUACUUGGUCACAAUUUGAACAUUGUCUGAGGGAAUGUUUGUCUCGAGAACGUAAUUAUAGUGGUAUAACGAGUGAAAUAUACAGACAUGAUAUACCAGGCGUGAGAGGACCAGAUCCCGUCUCGUUAAUUAAUGAUUAUUCCUAUGACAAAAGUAUUCCAUAUGAUUCUCUUAGAUCUUCUGGAUAUGGAUAUCAUGAUUAUCCAAUUAGGCCAGCCGGCGCCUUAAAUCUUGAAGAUAUUCAAGGAAUAAAUGCUGCUCUGUCAAAAAGUGGCAUUUCUGUUUUCCCUCAUCAUCACCAUCCCGGAUACUAUUACGAUCAUCAUCAUAACGACCAAUACCAUUUCGGUUCUCAUGAACCAGUUGGGUUGCAUAGCUAUGGAACAAAUUUUCCCCAACCUCGUCAUCGUGUUAUUGGUGAAAUAGUGUCUGCUUGUCGAAUAGUAAAUGAAGAACCCUUUGGUAGUUAUCCACCAUCUCACGCAGAUAGAGUGACUGCUGUUCAACAUGUUUGGAAUGCUAUACAAAAUCGACUACCAAUGACACAAAUGAUGGCAGAUCCGAUUAAUCCACAACAUUAUGCUCCACCAUAUCUAUCUGGUGGCUCUCAUCCCUCUUCUCCAUCUUAUCCUCCUCCUACAUCAACGUUAAAUCCAUCACAACCCCUUCAAACUACGUUUCGUUAA